UACGUCUGUAACCGCUCCAGAAGAGGCAACAAAGCAGAAACGGCAAGGGCUUUACAGAGCUUUUUGGGCCCCAACGCAGAAAUAAGGAGCCACUUGAACCAUCAUCAUCCUCGGACCCACCAGCACCACCCCACCUUCCCUUCACCCCCACAGGAAGUCCCUCCCUUAAGCCUGAGCGCAGGCUGCAGUUGCGGCUGGAGAGGCUUCCAGCCAGUGUUGUGCAAGCGGGCCAUUUGGGAUUAGCAAUCCUGCUUACUGAAUGCGACAGCACAAACUCACAGAAAGUGAUGUGUGAAGUGGUGAAAGAGGAGCAAGCUUUUACUCAUUGCUCCUCUCUUACUCAUUCUCAGACUUCGGUGGAGCACACUCCGUCCAGUGUCCUGACUCCACAGGUCAAUGGCUGCACCCAGAGGGGCAAGCUGUCACAGUGGGACAAUGAACAAGAUUCGUGUGGACUUCAAGGAAGACUGUCACAUCCAGAAUGUGUGGUUGAUGGGAGGAUUGAGUAUUCUCACUUCAGUCCCCAUCAUGCCCCAGUUUGUGUGUCUGCUCUGUGCCAGCAAAGGCCAGCAUGAUAUGAUCUACUGUCAGAUGUGCUGUGAGCCUUUUCACCAUUUCUGCUUGCCACCAGACGACCGUCCAAAGGAGGAGAACAAGGAGAACUGGUGCUGCCGACGCUGCAAGUUCUGCCAUGUUUGUGGCCGCAAGAGCAAGCAAGCAAAGCCAGUUUUGCAGUGCAAGAGAUGCAUGUACUGCUACCAUCCAUCCUGUUUAGGACCAACGUAUCCCAAACCUGUCAAAAUGAAUACCUCAUGGAUUUGUAUGCUGUGUAUUAGGUGUAAGAGCUGUGGUGUGACACCUGGGAAGUCCUCGGACACGUCCUGGAACCAUGAGCUGGAACUCUGCCCUGACUGUAGCAAACUCCAUAGCAAAGGGAACUUCUGCACUGUGUGUAUUAAUUGCUUCGGUUAAUUUGAGUUUGAUUGUGGCUUGUUUUGGUUUGUUCGAUGUGCCCACUGGGUCCAUCCCAAAUGUGAGGGGCUCACAGAUGAUCUGUAUGAGAUCCUGUGUCGACUGCGGGGGAAGAGUCUGGUGUUCUCCUGUGCUCCCUGCAGUAAGAGGUUCCGCAGCGGUUGGCAGGACGUUGUUCAGGAAGUUUUGAGGAGCGGUCUGGAGAAAAUCAUGAAUGGAUUGAAGAGUUCUCCAACCAUCAGCCACCUCCUCAUGUGUGCACAGUGUGAGGUGUGUCCAGAUUUUGAGGUUGUAAAGGAGCGGUCAGGCUGUUGUCUGCAUCCUGUAGCGCAGAAGCUGGAGAAUGGCCUGUACACUUCACUGAAAGCUUUUCACGAGGAUGUGGUGGCAGUAAUGGUGGAACGGCUGAGAAAAGAAUAUCUUCUAGAGGAGCAAAGGCCCACUGGUCAAGCCAAAUUGUAUUAUAUAAAGCUAGUAGAACAAGUAUUUAGCUGGUUUAACAGUCAGGACCCCAAAACAUGGAACUGUCAUAUGCAAGAAUAUCCAAGCGAUAUGCUCCCUGAUGCCAUAAUUCCCCCCAGCGAUGAACACAGUUAUGCACAAUGGCUCAAAGAGCAGGAUCCAGAAAACCCUCAAUCAAGAUCUCAAGAUCUGCAGAAUGUGAACUCUCAGUUCUUCAUGGAUGAAAGACAGUGCUCCCUCUGCCAGCAACAUGGAGAUGCCAAACCGAAUGAUGCUGGUAGGCUGCUGUAUAUUGGACAGAAUGAAUGGGCUCAUGUGAACUGCUGCAUGUGGUCGGCAGAGGUGAAGGAUGUCAAAGGAGCUUUGCUGCAUGUCCACAGUGCUGUCACCAGGGGCCGCCUCAUGCGCUGUGAGCGUUGUGGCCAGACAGGGGCGACUGUGGGCUGUUGUCUUACCUCGUGUCAGAGUAACUACCACUUCAUGUGUGCUCGUGCCAGCAACUGUGUCUUCCAGUGUGAUAAGAAAGUGUACUGUUACAAACAUCGUGACCUCAUAAACAAUAAGAUUGAACAAGGCAAUGGGUUUGAAGUUCUCAGAAGGGUCUACGUAGAUUUUGAUGGAAUUAGUCUGCGUAGGAAGUUUUUAACAGGCUUGGAGCCAGAGUCUGUAAAUGUAAUGAUUGGGUCUCUACAUGUACAAAAACUUGGUGUUCUGACGGAGCUGUCUGCAAAUUCUGGAAAAUUGUAUCCAGUUGGUUACCAAUGUUCUAGAUGGUAUUGGAGCACCGUUGACCCUCGCAGGCGAUGCCGGUACACUUGUAAAGUGACAGAGGUGCGACCAUCAACACGAUGCAAAGCUCCUAGCUCCAUGAUGGAUCAGGGAGAAAAUCACACAAUUGUACACAGUCCAAAAGCUCACAAUGAUGAGGAUGGCACAGAUAGCGAGUCCUUUUCACCUGGGCUGCCCCCCAGCACCCCCUCCAAGACCAAACAAGACUCAGGGGCCGGAGGCAAGACUCCUGGCUAUCCACACAGCAGGAGACCAGCAGGGGGAAUGUCCAGACCCUUACCAUCACCAGGAAAUGCUGUUUCCACAUCCCAUCACAUUUUGACCAUUAGUGACCUUGAUGAGACACGACGUGCAACAAGGAGACUUUCCACACGUAGCCGAAAUGCCUCUCCUCCCCCUGUGGUACUGUCAGGCUCAAUGGCUUUGCGAUCAGGGGGCACGAUUAACCCUAGGUCGCUUUCAUUCAGCCCCCCUGUCUCACCACUUGGUACAACCGAGAACUUCAUGAGCUCCACCUCACCUCGACGAAGGGGGAGGCCUUCCUCUUUGUCUCCCUCUAGCAUCACCUCAGGACCCUCUCCUCCACAAGCAGCUCUACGAAGUCCCUCUUCCACCUUGCAUUCAUCUGUCCGCCACUCCCCAAGACAUAAACAGCCUUUCAAAACCACACAGCAUAAGACUGAUGAGGUGGUUCAAGAGUUCUUUGCCUUGUCGGAGCCGGAGGAGGCUGCAGACGCACCAAGCCACAGAAUUCCUGCCUCAUCCGACAAGUCGAAUCAAGAACUGCUCUCUGCGCACUUUGAUCCAGACACAGAUGUGGCAGUGGCCUCGGUAUUGAAUGCAAAGCUUGAAUUUGAUGAGGCUUUGCUCAAUGAAAAUGUGGCUCUGGACUGCGACCCUCAAGGUGGUGAGGGAGAUGCAGAAGAAGGAGCCUGCAAAUUCAGCACUGGCACGAAGGACUUGACUUCAGAGAUGCAAAUGGAAACAGAUGAUGAUGUCCCUGACCAUUAUCUGAAUUUCUCUCGCACAGUUGUGGUCCAUGAACCUGCUAAAGAAUCUGCACAGGCAGGUCUCUCAGUCCUUCCUAACUCAGGGUCCAUAUCACAGCUGGAUGGAGCUGACAAUGACUCGGAGAGUGAUACAGGUGAAGCCAAUGCAGAUGAUGAUACUCAGGAAGUAGGAAGUAGUUUUUGUAGUCAGGAUACUGAGCCAUUAAAAUGCACUGGUCCAAACAAGGGCAGAACCCUUGGCGACGGGCAGCUAGUUUGCCCAAGAUCACCUAUUACAAAUCCACAUACAACAGAUUCUGUUGAUCAGAAUUCACAGCUAGAGACUCAAAACAUGGACCAAGUCUGUGAAGAACAGGAAAUUCAGGAAAUAACUUCUUUACAAGAUGGUGGAAACGCAAUUAUUGAUUCUGAAGUGUCAUUUCUAGAUCAACUACAAGCAACAACACCCCUCCUUUGCAAAGGCAGUGAUCUUGUUACGACCCAAGAAGAAGUCUUGCUCGAAAAUGAAUCAACAGAAUGUUUGCAGGAAGUGUUCUUGGAUGACACCAGUGGGAAUUUCAUAUCUUCUGUUGAUGGCAGAGUUCUGGACUUGACAGAAAAUGCUGCUGGUCCUGUGGUGGCAACUGUUUCCUCACCAGUAAACAAGGAUGAACCUGUUUUAAAGAGAGGUUUGUCACCUGUUGAGAAACCGGCAACCGCUGUGCCAAUGAGUAGUACUAGAACAAUUCAUCUUGUUGCACCAGCUGCACCCACAAAAAGUCGAUUUGUGACCAUACAACCUGGCUCCAAACCCAAACCCUUCCAUAUGGCAAUGCCUGUUGCCAACUCUCUACCACUUUCCUUGCCUGUCAGUGUUGUCUCAUCUUCUCCCACCAUUUCUGUUGCACCACAAGGAACUCCGCUUGCUCCUGCUUCAGUUUUAAUAAAUGGUUUUGGAGCUCUGCCUAAGGAAGCCACUAAGGGUUGUAGGUUCGCCAUACGCAUUGCCACCCCAAAACAAGUGUCUGAACAGUCCCUGCCCCAGAGUUUACCUGGUACACCCCUUACACCUCAGGUUCUUCUGGUCAACCGUGCCGGACAGAUUCUAGUGAAAAACCCGCAGACCAAUACAUACCAAUUAACUAGCUCUAGUUCUCCCUCGUACACCCAAAUCAGCCAGAUUGCAAAGAUAAUCCACAGCAGUAAUGUUCUCCAGCGACCUGUCCCUAAGGUUACGGUGAUACCAGUGCCGCAGGUUCAGGCUAGUCUCGGCAAAACCACACCAACGCGUAUCAUAUCUUACAGCAGCAACAACGGAGCAACACCACCAACCCAGGUGCUAAUCAGGAGGAUUCCUCAGAGUUAUUCUGGAAGCCAAAUACACAGCAUCAGUCCGUCGAUAGAAAGAACUGGCUUGAUUUCUGAAAGUGGGCAGAAGGCAGUGGCCCAGGAGAUAAUCAACAAAGCAAUGGCAAGUCACCGUGAAAUAGCAAGUCCCACUGACAUGAGCCCUUCUCAGCUCCACCUCGAAAAAUGCCUCUCUCCUGAAUCAAAGGAUUCAUUCCCUGAGGUACAUCUUCAGACUCAACCCAACAUCUUGUCCCACUCCAGACCUCAAGUCAAGAUCAAGAGAGUGUCUUCAGUAACUGAUCGAAUUGGUGUGAAAAGAUGCCGUACAGACUUCUUGGACCAGAUGGGUCCUUGUUCCCAGGGUGACAACAGCAGAUCAAACCGGGUUAGAAUAAAGGCCCCAAGUUUAAAGGAUGUGCUCGACUUUGACGACCCUGAUGUUGGAUCUCUUGACCAGCCAAAGAACGAUGAAAAUAAGAGAAUUACUCCAAAUGAAUCAGAGCCCACUUCAGUGCAGGUAAAUAACACACGGGACAGUGCUAAAUCUCAGUGUAUGAGCUACAAACCUGGUGAUUCCUCAGACUGGGCCCCCUAUGCAGGUUGGAGUUCAGAUGAGGACUCUCCAUCAACAGGCAAGCAGGAUAAGUGUGCCAGUCAUUAUCUGCCCCACCUGCGCUUCCAGAUUACCAGUGAGGAUGGCUUUAGCGUAGAAGCUGACAGCAUGGAUGUGGCGUGGAAGGCAGUAAUGGAUGGUGUCCAGGAGGCACGGGUAGGCUGUCGGCUAGAGCAGUUUCCCUUCAACAGGAUAAGCGGCGCCAGGGUUCUGGGUGUCCUCCACGAUGCUGUGCUCUUUCUGCUGGAGCAGCUGCAGGGUGCUUCUCUCUGCCAGAAACACAGUUUUCGUUUCCACCAGCAUGAAGUACCGGAAGAAGAGCUGCCAAUAAACCCCAGUGGCUGUGCUCGCGCAGAGGUCUAUGUGCGAAAAUCUACCUUUGAUAUGUUCAAUUUCCUGGCAUCGCAACAUCGUCAACUUCCUGAGUCAAGGCCAUGUGAUGAUGAAGAGGAUGAUGUUAUGCUAAAAUCCAGCAGACGAGCCACAAGUACGGAGUUGCCAAUGGCUAUGAGGUUCAGACACUUGGAGAAAACCUCUAAAGAGGCUGUGGGAGUUUACAGAUCUGCUAUACAAGGUCGUGGUCUUUUCUGCAAGAGGAACAUUGAGGCUGGAGAGAUGGUGAUCGAGUACGCUGGCAACGUCAUCCGUGCAGUUCUCACUGACAAAAGGGAGAAAUACUAUGACAGCAAGGGCAUCGGCUGCUACAUGUUUCGCAUUGACGAUUUUGAUGUGGUGGACGCCACCAUGCACGGGAACGCGGCACGAUUUAUAAAUCACUCCUGCGACCCUAACUGUUACUCCAGAGUCAUCAAUGUGGAGGGCCAGAAGCACAUCGUUAUAUUCGCCCUGCGGAAGAUUUACCGUGGAGAAGAGCUUACCUAUGACUACAAGUUCCCCAUUGAAGAUGCAAACAACAAGUUGCACUGUAACUGCGGGGCCCGGCGCUGCCGGCGCUUCCUGAACUAAAACCGGCAUGUUUACUCAAUGGUUUAGGAGGGGAUAUUUUGGUGUGGGUGGCUAUUUUUGAAGGAAGACACUCAUUACAGGUGCUUAAUGGUGCGGAGAUGAAUUAUUCUGAAGAAAACACAAUAUUGAGAUUGUUUGGCAGGGUCUAUGGCCUUUUUAGACCACCAGCACGUCUUGAUUGGUUACCUCCCGUGAGUUAUAUUUCCUAACUCAACAUUUAACAACACAGUAAUGUCCUGCACUGGAUGAGGCCAUUUGCUUUGAUUCAACAAUUAAAAAUUGUGACCUUAAAUGAAUACCCUUUACUUAAACUAUUUCACCUGUCCUUAUGCUACUUUGUCCCAGCAUGCCUUUUUCAAAUCUUGCCACUGGUGGCUGGUAAUGCAGUAGAUCUAUUCUGGAAGGAUCCUUUAGUGUCAGAAUAAAUGUACAGAGGUUUUACAUAGUGGAGGAUACCCUGAAGUUUGAAAGGGUGUGAUUAUUUUUGCUACUGAAUCAAGAGGAGUUCCUGUUAUAGGUCGUCCUCAACAGCACCUUAAUAAUCUUUGCUCUUUUUUGGGGGUGUAAGCACUGUACAUAUUCCCCAGAACAGAUGUACUUUUUAGUCAAACCAUGAACAGUCUUGCCACACAACCUAGUUUCUAACAGGAGCCUGUGUGUUUCCAGAACAUUGACGUUUGUAUAUUUCUUGACUAUUUUUUAAUGGGUACAAAUGAAUGCGUCACUUAUAGCACAUUUUAAAACCAAAUUUAACACCCUUGACUGGCACAUUAAUUUAAGUUAGAGUACCUUUGCUCUGAAUGCAUAUACAGACCAUUUUACUGCAUUCUGGGUCAUGUACACAUUACCAUUCUUCACAAGACUUCACCCGAAGCCCAAUUUUUGACAGAUUGGUUUUAAGAACCCACUGUUUUUAUGUGCUUUUAUAUCUUGAGGCCAGUCUUUUUUGGGGGUCAGUUGUAAUAUUCUACAUAUUAGGAUCACUUGUGUAGUGUUAAAGAUGUGAAAAAUCCCAUUCUGAUCAUCAGUGCACAAAUAUUUAAGGAAAUAUUCAAAACCAUACUCAUGAAUGGCAGCUUCAGCUGGAAACAGCCGACGCGCUGCUUAUAGCCAUGUGUCUUCUUUUGAUAGCCUUCUUCUCGCAGCACGUUAAGACCGACACUCAUCUCCAUUUGGGUUGACUACCUCAGUACAUCAGUGACAGCUAGUAAGUUACAAUAGUAUAAAGAAUGCUGGGGAUAAUCCCGCACUAGCUUUGAUUUUAUGCAAUGUGACUGUAGGGGUUGUUUGUCUCAUUUGUUUGUUUUUCCAGAGAAUUCCCGGAUCCCUCUUCCCUCAUGCUUUUGUACAGAAUUGAAGUGUGCUUAUUAUUAAAAAUGAAGACUGCAGCUUGAUUCCAUCACUGAACGUGAUCCCACUCAGAGUGAAUCUUUGUAUAAAGUUGUAUACAAGAAUUUCUAAAUCUGUUACAUUUUUCUACGCACUUUUUUUUUAUUUAUGAUGUUCUGUAUGUAAUAAAGAUACAACAAUAUUUGA